AUGCGUAUACACACACAUCCGGGGAACUUGUACGCAGAGUCGUGGCGAUUUCCCAUCGACGUAAUAUUCAAUCGGUUCUGUAGUGGGGAGAUCCCCGUGUCUGCGGAUUUAUAUACAAGAGGGACCAUCGCCUUGAAUAGAUUAGUGUCGAGCAGUGAAAUCGAACAGUUAGUUCUCAGAGAACAAAGAAACGUCAUACAAAUAAGCCGUAUAAAAUACGUGACAAUUUUACUCGCCAUCUUUAUUUUGGUCCAAUCGCAGAGGCCGCCUUAUGCAGGAAGUAGCAAACCAUAUCCUGCUGUCCUUCCGCAGUAUUUAGAAGCAGCAACAGCUGGUGCUGGUGCUGGUGCUGGUGCUGCCGCUAAUAAUAAUAUUAACGGGACGAUUGGAAAUCGAAUUGAUUCGAACAAUGGCAAUAGGCCAUUGAUGGCAGCUCCUAGUAUUCCGAUGGCGAUACCAACGAUUCCUCCAGAUUUGCCAGUGGACGCUUUGGGUGACGUUGACUUAGUAAAUAGAAUCAAAACUUGGCCAAAGGAUAAACAACCGUUUUGGUUCCUCAACUGGCAACAAAUUCAAGAACACCGAGGUGACUCGAAAAACAGAGCGCAACCAGUAGAGACACAACCGAAUCAGCGAUCGUUUUUCGCAGGCUAAACAUUUGCUUCAUAUUCCAUUCGAGACGACACAUGCAUACACUGCCGUCGUUGUUUUGCUAGUCAAGUUGUAUUUUUGUAAGAAUUUUUUUCACAAGACUUAAUCGACCGAUGAUACACUUUGUUUACUUUAUCGACACAGGAUUUUAUGUCCGGUGAAUUUGCGAUGUUGUAAAGUACAAAAAUGUAUGAACCACGGUUCAGCCACAACGUUCGUGUACCUUACGCGUAAACGAGAAAGAGGGACAGCGUUUUGUAAAACUGUUUUUACACGGCGCGCCUUUUUUUUUGGAGUAAAUAAAAGGAUAUUAAUUAAAACGAGCGUAAAAUCAAGUGUACUUGAAAACUUUAAAUUUCCAAUCCACCUGCUGAGCAAACCAAAAUCGCCAAUGAGAUGCCGCGACGAGUCGAGACGAGACAGAAAUCCGAGGAUCCGAUUGGCUCCCACGACUUGCGCACGAGUGGUUGACCAGAGGUCGGUGACGUCACGCCAGUUCGUCCAAUGCAAGCGCACUCAGUAAUAACCCUAUGUGCGUGCGGUAGGCUGAAGCGUGUUAUUCGUAUUCGGGCGUACAAACGAGAAGUUGUGGUAGAGUAUAUCGGUCCAUGAAAGAUGUUACCCGACAGGGACAUGCCAGUCAAAAUUUCCAAAGUUCGAUAGAUACCGCUUUCAUUUUCGUAUACGUAUAAAGAACGCGUAUAUCCUGCGUGCAAAUGUAUCCGAGGUACUGUCGUUUUAAGAAAAAGGCAGAUUGUACGCGACUCGCCGUACCUGACAGUCCACGCGGCCCGGCCCCAAAACACUUUCGUCUCACUAUAUACACGAGAAAUCGCAUCGUGUUUCAUUCACAACGCGAGCGCCACUGGCAAUGUCGGGAAGUGACAGCCCAACAUUCUUUCACGGCCAGCCCUGGUCCAGCUGGAUCGAAAGAAUCGGACGAGACAAGCCGUUGAG